AUGAAUGCUGGUUUCGGGAAAACAUUCAUAUUCCUAUUAGAACAGUUUACAACUCUUCUCAUCAUUUUACAUUUCUAUACGUCAAUGUUUUUCGCUAUACCUUACAACCUCUACAUAAGAAAUAAUCAUGUACCAGUUGAUUCGUGGAUCAGUAUACGUAAUUUAACAAUUACCGAGUACAGGUUAGAUACAUAUUUUGAGGGUUCGAUGAUAGUACUAUCAUAUUUUUUCGGUUCCUACUAUCACGAUCCUAUUAAACUACCCAUAGAACAAUUACUACUUUUCUUUUUUACUUUUACUGGUAGAUCUUUCGUGCUGGUGAUCAUAGGUAGGAUGUUAUCCAACUUUGGUUUCUCUGAUAGAGCAGACACCGAAUACGAGAAUAUUCUGAUACAGGUGAACAGUUACAUGAGAUCGUAUCAAGUACCUAUCGAAAUUCAAGAACAAAUUAUCGAAAGAUUUGAAUACACUUACCAGAAAAAGUAUUUUAAUGUGCAGCAAAUGAUGACGAUACUGACGGAUCAUUUAAAAACAGAAUUGUUUCUAUUCGGAGCCAAAAAUUUAAUUUCCAACAAUCCUUUCCUGAAAUCGCUGAAACCGAAUGAAUUAGCUCUACUUUUCAGUCAUAUGAAAUCGAUGAUUUUUAGUAAACAUGAAGUGAUACUUAGCGGUUUCCAAGCUCAAAAUAAUAUAUAUUUCAUUCUCUCUGGUACUGUAGCUGGAUAUUCCGAAGGAGUUGAGGUUUUUCAUGCGAAAGAUGGAGACGUCUUUGGUAUUGCCACUUUGUAUACUCCACUAGAACUAGCAAAUUAUUGGUAUGUUGUUGCUAUUGAGACUACUGAAGUAUAUUUUAUCAACAAAAAAAGGAUGUACACAUUUAUGCAAGAUCGUCCAGAUGUAACUAAAUAUUUCCUCGAAAUUUUCACAGAACGAUUAGAUAAACUUGAACAACAGAUUCGGCAAAAGUACGAAGGGGGCGAAGAUAUCAGAGAAUUACUCAAAAAAGGAAUUCUUUUAGAAAAAUUGAAAAAUAGAGAAAACAUUGUACUUGAUAUGGAAAUAAGAUAA